AUGUCAAAGGAAACCAUAACCUAUCUUGAAGAUCUUUCUAAUGAAAUUUUUUAUGAAAUUUUUGAUUUCCUCGAUUUUCUUUAUAUCUAUGAAGCAUUCUCUAAUCUCAAUAUUCGAUUUCAAAAUCUUAUUAGUUCAAUUCUUUCAAUUAAAAUGAAAUUGUCAUCUAUAUCAAAAUCAACGUUUCAAUGUUAUUAUACGCAGAUUAUUAUUCCUUAUCAAUAUAAAAUAAAAUCACUUCAUUUAACAAAUCCAUUUAUUAAUGAAAUACUUUUUUCAUCAAAUUCUAUUGAAUUAAAAUUUAUUCGACUUGAAACACUUAUUUUAGACAAAAUCACAUAUGAAUAUUUGGGAAAACUUUUAAAUCAUUUAAUUUCUUUUCCAUAUUUAUCUUCAUUAGUCAUCAUUUGUGUAGAUUUUGUUCCAAAUCAAAAUAUUUUUUAUUGUCAAAUAUUUCGUUUACCUAUACUGAAAUACUGUAAUUUAUCAUGGAGAAGAAUCGAUUCUAAUCGAUGGAAACGAUUAAUUUUAUCUUAUAUGCCUCAUUUACGAAUCUUUGAUUUUCUCUUUUAUACUUCAUCAUAUUCUAACAAUGAUAUUAAAGAAUAUGUUGCACAGAUCGAUAAAUUUAAUUCGCCAUUUUGGUUCGAACGAGAAUGGUUUUUUAAAUAUCAUAUUGAAAAUAAAGAAUAUAGAUAA